GUAUUUUGCGGUGCGGUUUGGUGUGGGUUUUUUAGGAGUGCAGUUUGAAAAAAAAUAUAAAUUCCAAUUUUGCGAUCCAAACCGCACCGCGAACACCCCUAUAUUACAAAAAAACCAAAAAACAAAAAACCAGACAAUUCCUUUUAAGUAUUGAGGGAGUUUUACACAACCACAUGCAUGAUUAAUGAUAAUGGAAAACUAAUAAAAACUACUACUUUAAUGAUCUCUGGAUUUUAUUGUUGUUAGAUGAAAAAAAAAAACUGCUUUUACUUAAAAAAAAGAAUCUAAUUUGUCAAUUUGUACAUUCCCUUCUUCGACAUUAACAACAAGAAACGCAAGAAAAGGGACUUUAUCAGCCAUAAAUAUAAUUGUUCAAAAGCUCGAAUCUCGAUCAAAAAAAUUUCACCAUUUUUGUUGUUGUUUUCUUCCCAAAAUUCUCUCUGUAUCUGAAGUUUGACAAUGGAUGAACAGUACAAUAAUCUUCCAACAAGCCAAUUACUUGGCUCAGUUCCAGCUGUUGUAGCUGAAGAAGGUAAGGGUAAUGCGAACUCGGCGCCCCAAGCGAAUUUGCAGUUAUUCCCUCCUCAUCAAGGUGGAGACAAAGGACCUGGAUAUCAGAAUGUACCAAGUUCUAGUGAAGGAGGUGGGCCACCACCAACAAACAACUGGCAGGGAGUGUUUAACGUCUACUCAUACACACAGUACUUCAAUGUGGACACAGACAUCGUAAUCAAUAGAUUGCUGAGUUCAUUAGAUCCUAGAAGUGGUGAUUUCUUCAGCAAGAUUGAUGCAAACCCUGAUCUCUACGGGCUUAUUUGGAUAUCCACAACUUUGGUCUUUGUGAUUGCGUCUCUUGGAAAUUUAGCCACCUACUUAAUAGGGAGUUCGUCCUGGAAUUUUGAUGUCAGCUUUAUGAGUUUGGCUGCCAGUGCAGUGUAUGGCUAUGCAAUUGUAGUGCCCUUGGGAUUUUAUUUCUUGCUUCAGUAUCUGGGUUCGCCUGCCAGUGUUGUACGCUUCUGGUGCAUGUGGGGUUAUUCACUCUUCAUCUUUGUUCUAAGCUGUUUCUUGUUGGUAAUUCCUCUGGAGUUUCUGAGAUGGGUGAUCAUACUUCUAGCGAGUGGUGUUUCAGCUUGCUUUGUUGCGUCAAACCUCAGGACUUAUGUUGAGGGGAAUGAUCUCAUGGUGGUUUUGGUGGCUGCAUUCAUGUUGCAAUUUGCUUUGGGACUCUUCAUCAAGGUCUGGUUUUUCACAUAGAAAUUCCUCUUGGUAAUUCGACGACUCAUCUUUCCAAGAUUGACUUUUUGGAGAGGGAAUUUGCUUGUGAAAAAACCAAUUCUGACCACGUCAUGACAGAUGUUCUAUUUUUCAUCGUUUCCAAAAAAAAAAAAAAAAAAAUCAACAAUUUUGCUACUGUUGUUAAUGUUGUUUUUGCUGUUGAUAAUUGUUUAUGUUUCCAAAAAGGCGUCAAUAUAGGAUCGGGAACUUACAAUAGUGUAUGUAAGUGGUAGCAGAUUAGGAAUUGUUUCUUCUUGCUGCAGUUUUCUUCAUUUGGAGUGUUUUAUUUUACUAUUUUCUCGUGGUUUCUACAAAUUUUAUGUAAAUAGAUUUCACUUCAUUGAGCAACUGAAUGAAGUCAGUAUAUUGCAUUUACAAAUGACUAGAUUCUUUGUACACAAUUGUUUUGCUGCU